AUGAAAAUUCCCAUUUAUUUACUUGAACAACCUAAAGAAAUUGAGCUGCGAGUAUUUUAUUUUAUAAGCCUAGAUGUUGUAAAUAAUUCAAGAGUACUCCUCCUGUUUCAUAGAUAAAUUUAUGCUAAUUUCUCUUGAUCAUACUCAUCCAAUCCACAAAUUAUCAUAAGGAUCAUUAUCCUUAAUAUUAAAUAAGCUUGAUUAUCAGAUUUAAUUAGCAGUUGAUCAAAUACAAUAAAACCCUAGUUUUUAUUGUCAGUCUCUGCUGUCUCUCAUAAAUUAAAUGCUGGAAUUAGAGUGCUAUCGGUAUGACAUUAAAUUAAAAUAGAAAAUUGUUUAACUCAUUAGAUCAUCUAUUUGAUAUGCUAGAAUGUUCAGACAAUUUAUUAGUCUAUGAGUAAAUAAUGCUAAUUUUAUUAAAACUCUACAAAUAACCCUAGAGUCCAACCAAUCCGUAAUAAAAGGAUCUUAGCAAUCAACAAUUGAAAGAAUACCUUCCAAGAACCAUAUAUUUUACAAGAAUCAUGCUGGAUCAUUAUAAUAAUUUGUCUUCUAACAAGAUAGAGUUAAUAGAUUAUUAUUAUCAAGAUCCAAAUUAUCAAAUCCUUUCUGAUGCCCCAAUAGAAUUUCCUAAAUUGGUUAUAGAGUAUAUGGAACCAAACUUAUUGAAUGAAGCAUAUCAAGAUUUGUGCAAGAACGGUGUUCACAAGAAAGAAUUACAUCAACCCAUCUUAAUUAGAGUAGUGUCAACAAUAUAAUUAGAAUUUUGAAAUUACUGAUGUAAAUUCCAACACGGGCCUAUCAUUGUCCAAAACUUAUCUGAAUUCAUAAGAUUAAAACCUAUGUCCUCUAGUUGAUGCCAUGAAAUAUAGAAUCCUCAUCUAUAGAGAAUUUUAAAAAAAUUAAAUUCCCACAGUAUCUAUUGUGAUUUCUUUGCACAUACAAUCUCUCCUUAUGUAUAUGCUUCUUUAUUAGUUUUGCUUAAUCAAUAGUUGUGGAGAAUUAUUAGAUCAAGUAUUCGAAGAAUAAUUAGAGUACGAAUAGCAUUUUAAAAUGUAUAUGAAAUUCUUUUAAUUGAAAACAGUCGAUCCUUUGCUAUUAUCUAUAAUACUUCGAACUCUGACUGAAAUCAUCGCUCUCGAAAAGCAGAGUGAAAAUGAAGUGGCUUUUACAAUUGCCAAAAAUUAUGACGAAACAUUUCUAUAAUUAAUUUAUGAUGUUUUAUCCAUGAAUCCAAAUUCAAUUGAGAUAGAGUAAACAUAUCCAUUACAAUACCACCCAACCAUUUUAAACGAAUCCUGUGCUAGAAAUGAAAAAUUAACAUAAAGUAUCUUUUAGAUAUUCUCAACUGAACCAGGGAUACAAAUCUUAAGCAGGAGCAACAUUGCACUUGGUUCUUCUUCAGCCUUAAUUAGGGCACUUUAGAUGAAUGAUAAUAAGUUAUUAUUACCUUCGGGGCCUUUUCAGAAUGCUAUUAUAUUUUUAAGUGUUUUAUCAAGGAAGGAUGAUAUAUAAAGAGAUUUAAGAAUAUUUAAUGAGAUUAUUAAAAUAGUAGAAAAUUAGAUUACUAUUGAUACUGAGACCCUACAGCCCACUCUUAUAGGCUACAGCAAAAUUUCAUCUGAAGAAUAAGAUUAAAUUAUUGCAACUUGCAUCGAAUCAAUUAAUGAUCAUUUUAGAGAUGAUUAAGGGAGAAGAUAUAAUAGAGCUAAUGCUCCAACAUUUGCCAGAUAAGUCUCAGAAUCAACAAUUAUUAAGAAACUAUAACAUUUAUUAGAAUCUAGUCCUCAGUUUUAUGCAACAAUCUUGUAGACCUUAAUUCUCGUCUCUCAUCUUGCUAAUGAGGUUCCGAUUUUAAUUGGUAGAUUAAUUGAUUCUCAUUUACCAUAAACUUUGAAUUCAAUCAUAUAAUAAAUGGAGGCUGACUCUAUCAAUAAUAAAAUGAUGACUGCCAUUUUUUCAUUUUACUUUAACAUAUCUUUAAAUGAAGAAGGUUUUGAGCAAUUUAAUUAAUUUGGAAUGGCCUUUAUGAAAAUUAUUAUGCAUAAUGUAUUAGUUGAUGAAAUUCAUUCAACAAGGGAAUAAUUAAGUAGCUUAGCCUUGUGUAUAACUAAAUAUACACAAAAAAUUGAUAAAGUCGUGCCUUAGGUUUGUUCAAUUGUGAUUUAAGCAAUAGAUGAAUUAUAUUUGCGUUUAAUAGAAAAUAAAUAAAACUUAUAUGAUUGGUAGGCUAAUGAUUAAUAUUUUGAUAUUAUUACUCAAAUUUAAGAUUUGUCAAUUUUCAUUUUUAAGAUGUUCCAUUACCCUCACUACUCAUAUUUGGCUAGCUUGAAUUCAAGAGGAUUUUUUGAGUCAUUAUUGGUGUUUUUUCAAUUUCCUUCAUUUGAAUUCUAAAAUGAUUUAUUGAAAGUAUUUCGAUGGCUAACAUAAUUUGAUGAAUACGAUAACCCCAAUAAAAUAUUAAAGAAAACUUUGCUUGCAAUAACUUUAUGGGAAACAUAAAUAGGAGAUGAUCUGGAAAACACUUAACAUGAGGUUACAGAAAAGUAUUACAAAUCUUCAUUACAAUUUUUAAAGUGCAAUUAAAAAUAAAUAUAACAAAAUCUUUAAAUGGCAUCUUGCUAUUCUUUUGUAGAAUAUUUGCUAGAAAUUUUAAAACUUUAUUUAAUAAAUUCACCUUAGAUUGAUUGGGAUUAAUAAGAUCUUAUAACUCUACACAAUAAAUGCUGUUGUCUGUUUAGAAUAAUUCUAAGAUCAAUCAAACUUAAUGAGAAGGAUUGUAAUGAUUAAACAUUUAAAAAGUCAGUGUUCUACCCUUACAUUUAAAAUUUGAAGCUUAUUAUUGUUAAUUCUUGUAAUUGUGUAGUGAGAAAAAGGAGCGAUUAUAAUCAAUUAAUCAGAUUGUUUAUAUUUAUGAGUUCAAAUCUAGAUAAUGAAAAUCUAUGGGUAGUGAUAAUGUAUAUAUCUACAAUUGAGGAAUUCCUAACCAAUCUUUUGGAGAGCAAGAUCUUGCCUGAAAAAAGAUAUUUAAAUUUAGAGUUUAUAAAUUAGUUAUUGAAUUCAGAGUUUACUAAGCAUUUUCAAACGGCAAUUCAUUCAUACGCUAAACUGACUGUAUCUGAACAAUGUACUAAUGAACAACUUAAUAUUUUGGCUAAGCAUUUUUCCAAUAUCAUAAAGGCCUUGUAUAUUGAUAAAUUUGAUAAAUUGAAUCAGGAAUUUGCAUAAUCAAUGUUACCCUAACAAAUUUCAGAUAUAUAAACUAUGUUGGAAAUUACUAAAUUAUCAAAUUCAGAUGAUAUUCAUAACCUCUAGACAGUGCUUAUUGAAAAAGUAAUGUUGAUCUUAAGUCCUACUUUCUUGAAGGAUUUAAUUAGUAAAGAAAGGGAUCGCUUCAAUUUUUUUUCUUUUUCUAGUUCGAGAAAUGAAUUUGAAUUUGGACCUAUUUAAAGGAAUGAUUCAACUUAGGCCAGAGAACAAUUACGAUGUAUGGGAUUUUCGGAUGAUGCUAUAACUAUGGCUUUCUAGAAUAUUAGGAUUCCUGAUGUAGGGAUGGCUGCUACAUGGUUAUCAGAUAAUUCAGAUAAGGUUGAAUAGAAUAUUUUAGAGAUCAAAGAAAGCUAAAAGAAUGUAUAACCAAAAGGUUCUAUUUUUGAUGAAAUACAAAAAAAACAAAUGGAACUCAAAAGUUACAUUCAAAUAAACAUACUUUAUUUUAGCAGUUUUGAGGAAACCUUGUUUAAAGUAUUUGAAGGAUAAAUGAUGCCCUCAUUAUUAAUGUGUUUAAAACAAGCUGCUUAAGAGUAGUUUAAAUUGAAGUUAAAAUUUAAGGAUUGCAAAUUAAUUCUUAACAAACCUUUUUAUAAUAAUAUCAAAUUAAUAAUCACAAUUUUGCAUUACAUCUAUAAAUAGCAAAACUUGGUUUAGGAAUAUGAUUAUAUAGCGAUUGAGAUGAUGAAAUUAAUUUAAGAAUUAUUGAAAUAUGAAGAUGAAUAAUCAAUAAGAGCAGUUAAUCAUGUAUUAGCAAUCUUAACUGUAUUCAUAACCGAUGACUGCAGAUUACAAAAACAUCAACAUAAUAUCAUGAAUGAUAUUUUGUUGGGAGUUCUGAAUAUUUUGAAAGGUAAAGUGUAUAAUCAUACAACUUCUAAAAUCUGCAUCGAAAUUUUAAUUCGGACCUUCUAAAUAAAUAAAGAGAAUGUCCGUAAGUUUGUCACUCAAAUGAGAGGAUUAGACUUUCUUCUAAAAGUAAAAGGAGAUUCAAAAAAUCAUCUUUAUACCCUAACAAGCCUAAUGUUAUCUAUUGUCCAUGAUUCCAAUAUUGUGAUAGCUUAAAUAGAGGCAAAAAUUAAAAAAAUUUUAUUUGAUUAAGAAUUCAAUAAAGAAAUUGAGAGGGCCCACAAGUAAAUCUCUUAGCAAUAAUCUUAGCAUCUAAUGCAGAUAUCUCAUCAAAAUCAUUAUCCCUUCUGCUUUCAACCAAUUCAUUAUAAUAUAAAGAUCUAAAAUUAAAUUAAAUUGCCUAAGAAUAAUUAAGCUUUAAUGGCUAUUUUAAAUUAAAGGUUUUACAAAAAGCAGACUCAAUUCGUUAUGAAUUCCUUAUUUGAAAAUUACAAUAAUUUCUAUCUCUUAAAAAAAGGUAUAAACCUUUAUACUUUUGAUUGUGUUGAACCCUCAAGUUUUUAUAAAUAUAAAGAUUUACAAAAUUCCAAAAGAAGUAAUAAGAUCUCGUAUAAAAAGAAAAAGAGUGAAGAAAAAUCGAAAUUAUAGUCAAAUUUUUAGCAUACAUAAGAAACCUAAAUUUUAUUAAAGUUAUUAGUUGAAUAGAUAAUCGUAUCAUAUUUUGAUAAAAGCGACACAUAUUAAUUUUAAUGGACUACAAUAUGUUAAGCCCUUUAAGUAUUAAUAAGACGCUAUCCAAUUCUAAUUCCCCAAUUAGUUAGAAUUAACUGUAGCAAAUUUCUUAAGCCAUAUCAGAAAUAAUUAGGAUUUGAUUUUAAAGAGGCAGAAUUCCCUCGUAAAAUCUCAUUUAUAUCAUUGAUAACUAAAAUUAUGAAACCAAUAAAGAACUUGCUAUUUGAAUUAUGUUUAGACAAUAUUAUUUUAAAUCAGAUGUCUAAUAAUUCUAUUGCUCCAUUUUCAAUUGAAAUCCGAAGAAAAAUCAUUAAUGAUAUCUAUGAUGGAAUAGAAAAGACAAUUAAAAAUUUAGAUUAAAGUUUUUGUCAUCUAUCAGAAGCAUUAGUAUUUUUAAUACAAAUCAAAUCUGUGGCUAAGAUUUGUUUUAAAAAUGUAAAUGAUCCACAAAAUUCAUUUAAUUGUAUCAAGCUCUUUAUAGAUAGAAUUAAGAACUUUGAUUUGAGAUAAUACUAUGUCCAUGAAAAUCCAUUGCAAAUCUUAAAUGAGACACUUGCUGUGCUACUAAAUGUGGCUACUUAUUUGCUUCUAUAUAAACCAUCUUUACUUGUGACAUACAGAUAGCAUUACGAACAACACAAAGAUCAUUUUCAACUACAAGGUACGAUUGGCUAACUAAUACCAGAGGAUAUUAAUAGUCAACUUAUUCCAAAUAAAGGCAUAAGUUAUUAAGAUCCAAGAAAAUAUUUUAUUAAAUGGUCCCUACUUCCUAUUUCCUUCCAUUAAGAAAUCAAUUAAAAUGUAAGGUAAGAUCAAAUGGAUCUUCAACACAUAUGGUCUCCAUUCCGUAGAAGAAAUAGAUACUUAGAUAUGGAAAUUUUUGAGAAUAUUGAAGAUGAAGAAGGGGAAUUUGAACUUGACAAUGAUGAUGACGACGAUGAAGAUGAUGAUCAUGAUCAUGAAAUUUAAAGUGUUGAGAGUAGAUAUGAUUCAAGCAAUCUUUAAGAAUCAGUAGAGGAAGAAUUUGAUCAAGAAGUAAAUAGUUGGGUUGCAAUUGAAAAUAAUCAAAUAGAAUCUGAGGAUCCUUAAAAUAUUAAUUCAAGUUGGACUGAUGAAGAAGAUGAUCAUCCUGGUGAAGUUGAUCAAGAUGUAGAAGAAAGCAGUGAUUCUAUUGAUAAAUCUGCUUCACAUAGUCACUCAUAAAUUUAGAACUAAUAGUAUAUUGAUCAGGAAAUUAUAGAACAAAUUGAUUAAGAAUUGAAUCAUCAAUAUGAUUUUGAAUAGAAUAAUUAAAAUAACUAAUUCUUUUAGCAAAAUAAAGAAAUUAUGAAUCAUUAUCAUCCUCUCACUAAUAAAGAAGAGGUGAUUUUCAUGAAAAUGGCCAAAUCAAUAAUUUAAUAGACUGGAGUUAAAUUUUCAUCACAAUUUGCCAAAAUCUCAAGUAAGCUUAGCCUUUUAUUACCUGAAAAUAAAUAAGUUGAAAAUUAUUAACUCGUAAAUUGGUGGACUGAAUUAACUUCAGUUACCUAAUAGAGAAUAAUUCCAGAAGACAGAGAUCUUCAUUAAUAAGAUAUAAGAAUUUAACCAUCUAAUAUAUUCCGGGAUAGAGUAAGAAUGGAAUUUCAAAGAAUGAAUGAAGAUGGAAAUUUAUCUCAAGUGUAACAAGUUCCAUAAGGCAGAAUAAUUAGGAAUAAUUAUCAUUUAUAAGCAAGUGACUAUUCAGAUAGAGAAUUUCAUCAUGGUAUUUUGGAAUAAUAAAGACAAAUUAAUGAAUAAAUUUUAAAUAUUUAGAUGAGAUCUUUUAAUUAAAAUUAUCGGUAAAUAAUGAAUUAGUAAUAACAGCCAGUAUAAUCAAACUUAUUUUAAUAUUAAACAAUAUAAGAUGCUAGGAAUUAGUAAUAACAGCCAUUAUUUGAAUUUUAAAGAACCUAAGUUCGAAGGAAUUAGUAAUAACAGCCGUUAUUAUUUGAAUAUUAAAGGACCUAAGAUCGAAUGAAUUAGUAAUAAUAGCCAUUCUUUUUAUAUUAAAGAACCUAAGAUGCUAUGAAUUAGUAAUAACAGCCAUUAUAAUCAAACUUAUUUUAACAUUAAAGAACCUAAGAUGCAGUAAGUGAGUAGUUAUAGUAAUAAGUACAAUCAGAAUAAUCUUCUCCCAGAUUCGGUUUGAUUUAAUACUGCAAUUCAGAUUAAGCAAAUCAUGAUGCUGCUAUUUUUUGCCCAAAUUGGACCAUUUCAGAUGACUAAAAUAUACUAGAACAGGACUAAACUAGUAAUCAACAAUAAGUUAUCGAUUAACCACAAAAAAUAGAACAACAAUAGCCUGUUAUAUAAUAAUAAUAAUAAUAACAAUAAUAAUAAUAGUAAUAAUAAUAAUAAUAAUAAUAAUAAUAAUAAUAAUAAUAAUAAUAAUAGUAAUAAUAAUAAUAGUAAUAAAACAAUUAAAAUUAUCAAUAGCUUUAUCCAAAGAGUUAUAAUCUUUUGAAAAGUUAAGGUAAAACAAUAGAGUAUCUCAUUAAAAAUGACAUUGAUCCAGCAGCUUUUGAAGAGCUCAAUGAGGAUAUGAUGAUGGAAGUUAUUUUAAGCUUUCCCCAAGAGAUUGAUGAAAUAGAUCCUUAAUUUUUAGCCUCUCUUCAAUAGGAAAUUAGAAAUCAAAUAAUUCAUUAACACUCAAUCUCUAAUAACUAAUAACCUCGCUCAGAAGAAUUCUAUGAACCAUUUAGUCCACUCUUUAAUCUUAGGAGUCCUUCUAGAUAAAGUGUUCCAGACGAUGUUUCCAGCUUUCCAACUAGAUAUAAUUUUUCACAUACGCGUCCUUUUGGUUAAAAUAUUUUCAAUUUGGAAUCUAGGGAAAUAAACUUCUUGUAAUAGAUCCCAUAGAAAACACCUUAACUAAAAUCUUAAGCAUUAAAAUACCUACUCUCUACUUAAAGACACAUAAUUUAAAAAUUAGGAACCGUUGAACAUGAAUUUACUGAAUCACUGCUAAGUUUACUUUAUGUAGAAUCUCAUAGCUUCAUCAAUUUCCCCAUUAAUCUUUUUAUUUCCUUAUGUAAUAUUUAAAGUGUUGAGUACAAAUUAAUAGACACCCUAUUUUUAAUAUUAAAAUCAAAUAAAUAUAAGAAAUCAUCAUAAAUUAGAUCUUUUCCUCCUUAAUUUUUGGUUAAGCGAACUGGACUUGUAAGAGACUUUAGCAAAAUAUAUAAUGUUGUGUCAUUGAAAGUGUUGUAUUUGUUUUCGAAAUUGCAAAGUUCUUCAAUCAAAUACUUUUUCGAAAGCAAAAAAUAAAAUCAUAACUCUUCAGAAAAUAGUUUAUCCAUUCCCUUGUUAGAAUUAAUCUAACUCUUACCUGAAUUUCAAGGGGAGCAAUAGGAAUUGCUCAUUUAGGCUAUUACCAACAUCAGUACAAAAUAAAAGGAUUUUAAUUAAUUUAAAGUAAAGCUGGACUAACGAUCAGUUGAAUGUAUUUGUAAGACUUUGCUAUCGAAUGUGAGUAAAAGUGUAAGGAAUUUCUCAAAUAUUAUUCAAAGUCUCUGCAACACCAAAGAAAACUAAUUACUAAUAGUUCAGUACAUACAGGAAUAUAUAGAGAAAGCAAUUAAGGAGAUAAAUGAGAAGUUUUAAAAAUUUGAUGAAAUAUUUAAUGGAGACAAGGCUUUGAUUAAUAUCUUUCAGUUUGUAAGGGAUAUUAAUGCCAAAGUAGGUGAAAACAAUAAUGUAUCAAUAAAUUUUAAAGAAUUAUUGGAAAGUAUAGAAUUAAUAAAGCUAUGGAGAAAUAUGAUAAAGUUUUUGUAAUAACUCCCCUCAUCAUAGAUAAUAAAAAUUACACCAAAAAUAUCUCCAUAUUUAGAGUGCUUUUUCAUUAUAUACCAAAUUGUGAACCCUAUUUAAUAACAAAGAUCAAAUCUAAAGGAGCCCUAGAAAAUUGCAUUAAUGGAAGGAUAAAACUAAGAGAUUCAAGAGCAAAAAUUACAUGAUUAAUUAUUUUAAUAGAUUUGCGAAAGUGGGAAACCCUUGCUAAAUAUGAUGCUCAAAGAAAGACUUUAAGAAUACAAAGAGAAGGGAAAAAUAACAAAUGAUAGUUUGGGAAUAAUAGUAUCUAAGAAUCCAAGAAUUGUUGAUUUUGAAAAUAAGUAAAAGUAUUUCAAAAUAGAAUUGAAAUAAUUGAAAAUUCAGAAUCAUAGACAUCAUUAUGGCAAUGUAAAUGUUAGAUGUAGAAGAAAAGACAUAUUUAUGGAUUCAUAUCAUUGUUUCAGUAAAUUAAGACCCCAAGAUUUAAAAGGGAAAUUAAAUGUUGAAUUUGAUGGAGAGGAAGGCAUAGAUCAAGGAGGAGUUACUAGAGAAUGGUUUUUGAUGUUGUCUAAGGAAAUAUUUAAUCCUAACUAUGCAUUAUUCACUCCAUCUUUGAAUGGUUAAAUGUUCCAACCUAGCAAUAAGUCACAUGUUAAUCAUGAUCAUAUGAACUACUUUAAAUUUAUUGGAAGAGUUGUUGGAAAAGCAUUGUAUGAUGGAUAAUUAUUGGAUACCUAUUUUACUCGUUCUUUUUAUAAGCAUAUUCUAGGUUAGAAGUUGACUAUACAUGAUAUGGAAGAUAUUGAUUUAAAUGAGUAUAAAUCUAUGAAGAAGAUCUUAGAGGAAAACGUGAAUGAUUGGGGAAUCUAUUGGACAUAUUCAGUUGAUAAUUUUGGUAAAUGGGAAGAGAGAGAGCUUGUUGAAGGUGGCAGAUAAAAAUAAGUGACUGAAGAUAAUAAAGUCGAGUAUGUUCAAACCUAUUGUUAUUAAAAAAUGGCAAAGGAAAUUAAAGAUUAAAUCGAGGCUUUUUUGAUUGGUUUUCAUGAAUUGAUUCCUUAACAUUUGAUUAGCAUAUUUGAAUGGAAAGAAAUGGAACUUAUGUUGUGUGGCUUACCAGAUAUUGAUCGUAUAUUAUUCAUUUGAUAUUUUAGUUGAGGAUAUGAAGGAGAAUGUUGAAUAUCAUGGAUAUAUUAGAGAGGAAAAAGUAAUUUAAUGGCUUUGGGAAUUACUGGAGAGUUUUGAUGAAAGCAAGAGAGCAGCCUUCUUAUAAUUUGUAACAGGUAUUCUAAUUAACUAUUUAAAAGGAACUUCCAAAGUGCCGCUUGGGGGAUUUAAAGAAUUAAAAGGAAUCAAUGGUUCUUAAAAGAUUUAGAUUCAUAAAAAGCAUUACAUAAAUUUUGAGUUGCCUACAUCACAUACUUGGUAAGUUCUUCAAUCAUUUAAAAUAGUUUUAAUUAAUUGGAUUUACCAUGUUAUCCCACAAGAUAAGUGUUAAAAGAAAAAUUAGAACUUGCAAUCUUAGAAGGAAAGGAAGGUUUUGGCUUUGCUUGA